UAUAAGAGGAGCUGGAGCUAGAAGGCUCUUCCAUGUACCAUAUCAUGGCGACUAGCCGAGAGGAGUCCGACUACGACAGCAGCUGCUCUUCCUUCACGGUGCCCGACUCCCGCCGGAGCUUGGGGAGCUCGAGUUCCAUGUCGGUGCGCUCCUACUUCUGCAGCACAUCGCAGCACAAGCCCCACAAGGCCAACCAGACCGAGUGGGAGGCCAUCCGGAGGGUCCAGGCGGCCGCGGGCCGCGUGGGGCUCGACCACUUCCGCCUCGUGCGCCGCCUCGGGAGCGGCGACCUCGGGAACGUGUACCUGUGCCAGCUCCGAGACCCCAUGUUCUCCGGUUGCCUCUACGCCAUCAAAGUGGUGGACAAGGAGGCCCUCGCCUUCCGGAAGAAGCUUCAGCGGGCGGAGACCGAGAGGGAGAUCCUCCGAACGCUCGAUCACCCCUUCCUCCCCACCCUGUAUGCCGAGUUCGACGCUGCGCACUACUCCUGCCUUCUCAUGGAGUUCUGUCCCGGCGGUGAUUUGCACGUCGUCCGGCAGCGUCAGCCCGGAAGACGCUUCACCAUCUCUUCUGCCAGGUUUUAUGCCGCGGAGACGCUGCUGGCUCUGGAGUACCUCCACAUGAUGGGGGUGGUGUACCGGGAUCUAAAGCCGGAGAAUGUGCUUGUUAGGGAUGAUGGUCACAUCAUGCUCUCCGACUUCGAUCUAUCCUUAAAAUGUCAUGUGGUUCCGAGGCUUCUGAGGCAGAGGCUGGACCCCAAGCUGGUCGACAAGAAUGCCAAGGGCUCCAGCUCAUCUUGCGUGCCGCCAAUGCAGCCGGUGCUCUCUUGCUUCUAUGGCGGGACCAGGCAGAAGGCCAGGCCCGCACCGGAGACGGUCACCAAGGAGGAUGGCUUCGACCCCGAGCUCGUGGCCGAGCCCGUCGCCGCCCGGUCCAGAUCGUUCGUAGGCACGCACGAGUACCUUGCGCCGGAGGUGAUCUCCGGCGCAGGCCACGGGAGCGCCGUGGAUUGGUGGACUCUCGGAGUGUUCCUGUAUGAGAUGAUGUACGGGAGAACGCCGUUCAAAGGCGACGACAAUGAGAAGACGCUCGUCAAUAUCAUCAAGCAACCGCUGACUUUUCCCAAGGUGGCAACCUGCGGUAAGGAGUUGGAUGAGAUAUUAAGAGCUCAGGACCUCAUAAGCAAGCUCUUGGUGAAGAACCCCAAGAGGAGGAUUGGGAGCUUGAAGGGCGCCGCGGAGAUCAAGAGGCACGAGUUCUUCAAGGGGGUGAAUUGGGCUCUCAUUAGGUCGGUGAGGCCCCCUGAGGUCCCCAGAGAUCUGAGGAGAACGAGGAGCAAAGCCCCCGUCCAAAAGCUCGGAAAGAAGAGGGACGAGCGUUACCACAUCCCUCAACAUUUUGAUUACUUCUAAGUGCUUGUUUAUUGUAUGUUCAUUAAUC